CACCUCCGCUGAUGGCAUGUCAGUCAUCAUGGGAAGUGGAGAGAGGAAAAGGAGAUGUGUACCUGAGGACCUGUCUUUGGAGGAAAGAGAUGAGCUGUCGAACAUACGACGCAGGAAAAAAGAGCUUCUGGAUGAUAUUGAACGGUUGAAGUUUGAGAUUGCAGAGGUAAUGACUGAGAUCGAGCAGCUGACCUGUGUGGGAGAGAGCAAAACCACGCAAAGAAAUAAACAGAUUGCCAUGGGGAGGAAGAAGUUCAACAUGGACCCUAAAAAGGGAAUCCAGUUUCUUUUGGAGAAUGAUCUUCUCCAGAACACCCCAGAGGACAUUGCACAGUUCCUCUACAAAGGCGAAGGGCUCAACAAAACGGUCAUCGGGGACUACUUAGGAGAACGGGAUGACUUUAACAUCAAGGUCCUCCAGGCAUUUGUAGAGCUUCAUGAGUUUGCCGACCUCAACCUCGUUCAAGCCUUAAGGCAGUUUCUGUGGAGCUUCAGACUUCCCGGCGAAGCCCAGAAGAUUGAUCGUAUGAUGGAGGCGUUUGCCUCCAGGUACUGCCAAUGCAAUCCCGGCGUCUUCCAGUCCACAGACACCUGCUAUGUCCUAUCAUUUGCCAUCAUUAUGCUGAACACCAGCCUGCACAAUCCCAACGUCAGAGACAAGCCCCCCGUGGAGCGCUUCAUCUCCAUGAACAGGGGGAUCAAUGAGGGGGGAGACCUCCCAGAGGAGCUACUCAGGAAUCUAUACGACAGCAUCAAGAGCGAACCCUUCAAGAUCCCAGAGGAUGAUGGGAACGACCUGACGCACACGUUCUUCAACCCAGACAGAGAGGGCUGGCUGCUCAAAUUAGGGGGCCGUGUGAAAACCUGGAAGAGAAGGUGGUUCAUUCUGACAGACAACUGCCUCUACUACUUUGAAUACACAACAGACAAGGAGCCUCGUGGGAUCAUCCCGCUGGAGAAUCUCAGCAUCAGGGAGGUGGAGGAGCCCAGGAAACCUAACUGUUUUGAGCUCUACAACCCCAAUCACAAGGGCCAGGUGAUCAAAGCCUGCAAGACAGAGGCAGAUGGGCGUGUUGUUGAGGGCAACCAUGUGGUGUACAGGAUAUCAGCACCCACGCCAGAGGAGAAGGAAGAGUGGAUUAAAUCCAUCAAGGCCAGCAUUAGCAGAGACCCCUUCUACGACAUGCUGGCCACCAGGAAGAGACGCAUCGCUAACAAGAAGUGAAGAGGGACAUUCUUCUCAACCUCCAGCCCCCCUCCCCAUCUUUCUCCUUCAGUACAUGAACCUAUAAACCAUACACUGCAAAGGUGGUUCAACCACGGAAGUGACUGUCAGCCUCAGAAAAGACUUUGGCCCGAAGACAAACCUCAGUUUCUCUCCUUGACUGUCCACAAAUCUGUGCACUUGUUGGGGAGACAUCACACACUACUGAGGGGGACAGCAGAGCUCCAGGAAACUCAGAUAUGGGGACUUGAUUCUUGCAUGGAGCAGCACACAAACAACCAACCAAUCAGUUUGUUUCUCCUUCAUCUCCUACACAGCCCCCUACCUGCCCCUGUCGCGGUCAUAACAUGUUUCUAAGUCUCCCUAAAGCACAACUGCCAUGUUUCAGGUGCACAUGCAUGCAUGUGGGUCAUUAUAGACCAAUAUGUUUGUGUUUGUGUGUGUGUUUAUGCAGCAGUGUGCAUGCUAUCAGUGCACACAGCUUCUGCAGUGCGGGUGCAUAAGUGACACAAGCGUUUCCUCCACUGUGCUUUAUGAAAAAGUCAUAUUAAUUCAAAAUCAGAGUUCAGACGUGUGGUCCGCCACAUGGAGCACGACUGUUGAAAUUUAAGGGUGAACAUAGAUAUUUGGGGAAGGUAGGAGGGAGGAAGAGACAGACGGACAGAGAGGAGAAGUGCUUGGGAGGUGGCGGGUUUAAUCAGCGCAGUAAAACCCCACCUGAACCAUGUCAUCAUCUCGCUCUGGUGCUGAGUUCUUCUCUCCUGGUGCCAUGGCUGAAGCCCUGCUCAGAGUAACCUCAGAAAACAGCGCUGGCUUACAUUUAGUUUCCUAAAAAACACAUUACACAGUUACUUAAGUCAGCUGGGCUGAUUUCAUUUUAUUGUGUGGAGUAGAGAAUUUUGAAAUGUGCAUACUUUUUUAUUUCAGUCGGGUAGUAAAAGCGCUUUUGCCGAGGCUUGAGAUGAAACCUACUCUUUGGACGCUGAAGUUGUAAUCCUUAAGAUUUUGUACCUUUUUGAUUUGGCUACACCCGUGUUUACUGGGAGUGACGGCAAGUGUGGUUUGAUACUACAGCAAACACUCGCUGAACAUAUACUUUGUCACAAAUACAAAAGAGGGGCAACUGGUUUAACUGUUCACAUCGCAGCCACACAAACUCGCAUUUUAACAAACACGUCGGAUCUGAUUUUAUGCUGCACGUGGCUCGAGUGCUUAUCCACACAACAGCAGUAGUAACUGGAGUUGGUUGCCUGGCUGAGAAGUCCCCUGCAGCCGUUCAUUUUAACAGCUCACUGUAGCUGAUCCUCCUUGCUCCAUUAUGCCCACACAAAAAUUAAAAAUGAUCUGCUGGCAAAUAA